GGGGGAUCCGGACCGAUGUGACAUCUGGGGGAACACGCCGCUUCACCUGGCAGCAGCCAACGGUCACCUCAACUGUCUGUCCUUCCUGGUGUCCUUCGGUGCCAACGUGUGGUGUCUGGACAACGACUACCACACGCCGCUGGACAUGGCCGCCGCCAAGGGCCACAUGGACUGCGUCCGCUACCUGGACUCCAUCGCCGCCAAGCAGAUCACGCUCAACGCCAAGCUGGUCGGCAAGCUCAAAGAGCGGGCGUUUCACGCCGCCGAGCGUCGGAUCAAGGACUGCGAGAAGCUGCAGAGGCGGCACCACGAGCGAAUGGAGAGGAAGUUCGUGAAGGAGUCGGCGGCUUUCGACAACCUGGACGCCAUCAGCUUCUCCAGCUACACCAGCAGCAAGUUCAACACCGUCACCUCCAACAUGCCAUACUCACAGGCCACCCUGCACUCGACAGCGAAGGGCAAAGCCAAGAUCCAGAAGAAGCUGGAGAAGAAGAAGCAGGUUGAUGGAACGUUUAAGAUCUACGAGGACGGGAGGAGGAGCGUGCGCUCGCUGUCCGGACUGCAGCUGGGGAACGACGUCAUGUUCCUCAAACAAGGCACCUACGCCAACCCCAAGGAGCGGACCCGUCUCAACAUCCGGGACAUGUUCCCCCGAGAAAACGACGACGACGUCGAGUCCGUCUCCCGUGCCAUGAGCGACCCGGGUCUCUACGAAGCGGCGUACUCAGAGAUCAGCGCCGACUCUGGGCGGGACUCUCUGUUCACCCGGCCCGGGCUCGGCACCAUGGUGUUCAGGAGGAACUACAUGACCGCUGGCAUGUUCGGGAUGGGAGGGCGAAACGAAGGGAGCGUGGCGGGAAGCGAACCCGUGGGCCGAGCGCCUAACGUCCGCCUGCGGGGACAGCUGCCCCGACGCCCCCCCAGCUUCGACGAGGACAGCAUCGGCAGCGCCUACAGCCUGCAGGAAAGAAACCUGCAGGAGCUGCCCUGGGAGGAGAUGGACGUGGAGCUGGACGAGGACAUGGAGCCUGAAAACAACCCUCUGGAGACUUUCCUGGCCUCUCAGGGCCUCGGAGAGUUCCUGUCCAUCCUCAGUCGGGAGAAGAUCGACCUGGAGGCUCUGCUGCUUUGUUCAGAACAGGACCUCACCGGCAUUCACAUCCCUUUGGGCCCCAGAAAAAAACUGUUGGACGCCUGUAAGAGACGUUUGGACACGAUCGAGGACCCAGAAGCCAUUGAAGACACUGAGCUCUGACUCAUAUUUUAUUAUUGUCCUUCAUUUCUGUUUAAUAAAUGCACGAGCAGCUUCAGAAGUGUAUUUGAACCGUAUCAUGUUGUGGGCCAAGAAGCAGUCAUGUCGACCACUAAUUAAAGUUAGAGUUUCGGGAAACAGCACCAUCUGGUGGCAAAGUUUAGCAAGUUUCACCAAGUGAUUGUAUUCUUUAUGAUGUUCAAUCUGGUUCAUUUGAAGUCAUUUAGUAAAGCUGAGGGGUAAAGAAACAUAAUUUGGCAUUCUCUGCUUGAUGAAUGAACGGAGCCGUGAGAGUUCAAACAGUAGAGAGCCCAGUACACAGCCCUGAGGUACACCAUGACAUAUCUCAGAUUAAUUAUCCUCAUAUUGUCUCAGUAUUAAAAAUGUUUUGUCGGUUCAA